AAUAUGUUGGUGACUAAAUAAUAAAUUUAAUUUGUAACUGUUGCUCCGAAUUAUGAGCGAACUCGACAUGUAUUGCUAAUCGAUAUAUCUGCGAGCGAGAUCACAAAUAAGAGAACAAAUAAGAAAACAAGCGAAAACGUAUCGUUUACUUAUUAGGUAGGACAAUACUUGAUACUUUUAUAAAUAGAGCGUGCGACAAAGGACCAGGCAGUCGAGAGCAAGUAAGCGAACUGAGCAAAUUCUGUAGUAAUAAAGAAUUUAGUUGAAGAAACGAAUUCGAUUAUCUAUUGCAAGCCCGUACAAAAUACGAUUGUCACGCACGAAUGAUAUAUGUCACUGACUGAUCACUGCAUUGAUCGAGAUUGAUAUAAUCAUCAAUAAUAUCUAAUAGAAAUAUAAUCACCAAUAGUAUGUAAUAAAAAAAUCGUAGGAAAAUAAUCUUGGAAAGCUAAUAAGAUUAUAGAGCUUCCAAUGAGUGCACAAGUGAUAAUUUCUCUCUAUUAAUUUGCGAGAUGUUAUUUUUAUUUUUUUAUCAAGAUCACUGAUUAAAACAAAUGCUACUUAAUCAAGUACCAAAUAACUUUGCUUGUAAAAAAAAUUGUGUAAAAAAAACAAGAUGAUUUUGGAUUUGUUUGAAGCAGCUAAGCUUUACUGUUUCUCCUAAACACAUGAUCUCGAUAGAUCAGUUUAUAAUUAACAUAAUAUUAUCGAUUAAAAGUGAUAUGAAAUAAUAUUGAUUUUGUUUUGAAAGUUGAUUUUUAUCUCUUACAACUAAUUUUUCUCGGAAACAUCACGAUAUAUCGAAUACUAGUCGAAUCACUAGUCGAAUUCUAAUUUAUAUAAGAGAUCGUUAUACUUUGUAAGAAAAUAUGCGUUAUAUCUUAUGUCUCUUACUCCAAAUAAAGUAAAGUUAAGGUUACAUCUAAAAAUUAUUUAAUAAAUUUGGCGAAAAUAAAGCACAAUUAUAUUUAAUAGAACUUCCUAUAAUGUCCUUUCAUUUCUAUUUACGGUAUAGCAUUUCCACAAGAAACAGAUUGCAUUGAACACAUCCCAUACUAAUGUGAAACAGAAAGCAUUGAAACACUGUAUUGAAACACUAUAACUCGAUAUGCCUGUAAUUCUCUCAUCAUUUAUUAAUACAUUCGCUUAUGCAUAAGGUCGAAGGAGAGGUAAAUAAGAGGAAGUAAUUUUCAGUAAGAGGUAUAAUUAUUUAAAUGCCAUAAUAUGCCAUGAGAUAUUUCAUAUUUGCUACGAAUGUAGAUAAGAGAGUAUUAAUACGAACUUACUUACGAGAUCUUCAUGUUAUCUCAUAUCUUCUUUACCUAUUGUACGAGCUUCUUCGUAAAUAUAUUAUAAGAACACUACAGGGCGAUACUUCCGGUUGGAAUAUCUAUGAUACGUAUAUGAUUGCUUAGAAAUCGAAGAACACAAUCUCAAUUAGCAUGAAGAGGGUUACGCUAGAGAAAGUUAUCGCAUUUCUGAAAAUAGAGUUAAUGUUUGCCUGUUGUUGGCCAGUAUCGCGGGACGCGACAAAGUGUCAGAUUGUUUGCGACAAAAUAUUCCGUCUAAUCUCCGCAUUGCAUGCGAUAUUAUUAGUUAUCGAAAUAAUGUAUACGCUUAUUUAUCGUAUUGAUGAUGUUCGUAUGUUUAUGCAAUCAAGUUGCUUAAUGGUCGUAAUAUUAGAAGUUCCAGUACAGAUAUUUCUAUACACUUUGCAACAUGAUCGUCUGCAAGAAGUAAUUUUUCAGAUGGAAGAUUAUUAUCGGCAUUCGAAACUAGAAGAAAGAGACAUAUUUCAAAAAUUCAUUGAUAAGCACAUAAAGUUUUACGCGAUAAUAUUAGGCGUGAUAACCGCAGCGUUAGCUACUGCAACGUUGGGACCUAUGUUUAAGGAUUCAUUUCCAAUUGUAAUAAAAUAUCCAUUUCAUGUUGAGCAACAACCUUUGCACGCGAUCGUUUAUCUUCACCAUUCAUUCGGAAUAUAUCAAUCUUACUGUCAACGACUACCGCUAUCCGUAAAAGUAGAAUUCGUUAUCGGAUGUAUGUCAUCACUGGGAAAAGUAUUUCUGUCCGCAUGGCCAGCUGAUUAUUUAAUGGCCGCAAGUUCUGAUAUUGGUGAUGCUGCAUACGAUUCGUUAUGGUACGAACACGGAACUGAUUCACAAAAGAUUAUGUUGUACACAUUGCUCCGCUGUCAGCGACCUGUAAUUAUAACUGUUCCGGGUUUAUUAAAGGCUUUAUCGUUUCAACAUUAUUCAGCUGAUUUCGAGUGUUCCCGACUCACGUUAUAUCCCGUAGACGACGGAGGAAGUUAUCGGGCAACCCGACGAGACGCGGGAGUCUCUUUGAGAUUUGUCGAGUGUACUCGACAACACCAGGGAGUCCCUAGCGUUCGGUACUUUUGUCAAGGGAGAGCCUUGACCGGGAAGCCGAGUAUUCUCGGUCACACUGAAGUGUUCCUCAGCGGUGAUUCGGUGGACGGUAGGAGUAGAAGUAUGGUCUCGUAUGGUCAAGCGUUCUCAGUCAUGCUGGGGAGUACCCCAGUGCUUUCGGAGACUUAUUCGGAAGCUUGA